AUGCCAACGGAGGCGUCCGAGGAGUUUACGCAUACGAAACCCGACUGGGCAAGCUGGCCAACGGUCCUGCUUUCCAGUUUCCCAAAAUUAAUCUCGUCAACAAUUUCUCAUUCGAACGGUAUUCGCGUGCAUCGGUCCUGGAAAGUAGGCGAUGGCAAACUCAUUGUAUAUUCGAAGCUACAGCAACCAAAAAGUGUGAGUACCAUCGUAUGUAGCGAUACACCUAAGGGCAAGACAAUUCCAUUCACUAAAUCGGAGCCCAAGAGCAAACAAUAUCAUUUGUCGAAACCGCAUACCGGCACACACGAGGCCGCCCAUGUUAGUCGCUUAUUUGAAUGUUAUGAAGAGGGAUGUGUCAAAACGUUUUUGCGUCAAGGAAAUCUUGUGAACCAUCUCGUUGCCGGCAAACAUCAGCGUCUACCAGAACGCCUCUCAUUGCGAGAUACUGGAAUGCAGAUUUAUGCAUCAAAACUCGAGAGAAUUGGUCAGAGAGAGCUUGUCUCUGUUGUUCUUCGAAACACCACCGAUGCCGUCCACCUCGACUCACAAAGUCUCAAGUUGCCGGAGGGCUGGGCACUUCCAAAAGCUCGAAAGGUUGUACGACUAACACCGAAGCAGAUCGAGUAUUUAACUAACAAGUUUAAUGACGGCAUCAAAAACAAUACGCGGUGGAAACCGGAAGCCGUAGCCGCUGAAAUGGAAUACCUCAAGGACAAGGGUAUCUUCAUCUUUGCUGACAAUGAAUUACUGAAGGCUAGUCAAAUUCGCAGUUACUUCUCACGGCUCAAAUCCAAUCGGCAAAUCAAGCUCAGAGUCGAACAGUGCGACAAUGAGGAUGUCGAAGCAUUCAAGGAAGAACAAGCCAUCGAUGAAGCGGUUCAACGGCAACAACUUCGACAUAAGGUCCAUACUAUGGAUCAAUUUGAACUCUCAAUAUCGCCUAAGCGAUCUAGCUCGUCAUCAGAAAUACCCGCGAAAAGACACUCACUGCGCAAGAAGAAAACUUGA